GGUGGUCCGAGAUCUCCGUGUCUCUUCAGGCCCCGGGUCCUCUCAGCCCCUUUCUCUGGCGGCCUGCGCUCAGGGCCCCACCAGACAGCAACUGGGGAGGAACCAGCCAUCGCCACGCACAGCCAUGAAUUUCCUCCGGAGGCGCUUGUCCGACAGCAGCUUCGUGGCCAACCUGCCCAACGGCUACAUGGCCGACCUGCAGCGCCCAGACAGCUCCACCAGCUCCCCUGCCUCCCCGGCCAUGGAGAGGAGAGCCCAGCCCCUGGCCGCCUCCUUCUCCUCCCCAGGAUCCAGCCUCUUCAGCUCCUUCUCCAGUGCCGUGAAGCCCACCCCACAGGCCCCCUUGGGACUGAUGGAGCCGCCAGCUCCUGCCACACCUGUGGUGCAAAGGCCCCGGGUCCUCCUGGUGAUUGAUGAUGCCCACACCGACUGGGCCAAGUAUUUUCAUGGGAAGAAGGUGAAUGGAGAGGUUGAGAUCCGAGUGGAACAGGCUGAAUUCUCAGAGCUGAACCUGGCUGCCUAUGUGACCGGGGGCUGUAUGGUGGACAUGCAGGUCAUGAGAAAUGGAACCAAGACUGUGAGGUCAUUCAAGCCCGAUUUCAUCCUGGUGCGCCAGCACGCCUACAGCAUGGCCCUGGGCGAAGACUACCGCAGCCUGGUCAUCGGCCUCCAGUAUGGAGGGCUGCCUGCUGUCAACUCCCUCUACUCCGUCUACAACUUCUGCAGCAAGCCCUGGGUGUUCUCACAGCUCAUCAAGAUCUUCCAUGCCCUGGGGCCCGAGAAGUUCCCGCUGGUGGAGCAAACGUUCUUCCCCAAUCACAAGCCAAUGCUCACAGCCCCACACUUCCCCGUGGUGAUCAAGCUGGGCCAUGCCCACGCUGGAAUGGGAAAGAUCAAGGUGGAAAACCAGCAUGACUACCAGGACAUCACCAGCGUGGUCGCCAUGGCCCAAACCUACGCCACCACUGAGGCCUUCAUUGACUCCAAGUACGACGUCCGCAUCCAGAAAAUCGGCUGCAACUACAAGGCUUACAUGAGGACGUCCAUCUCUGGGAACUGGAAGGCCAACACAGGUUCUGCCAUGCUGGAGCAGGUGGCCAUGACUGAAAGGUACAAGCUGUGGGUGGACAGCUGCUCAGAAAUGUUCGGUGGCCUGGACAUCUGCGCCGUCAAAGCUGUCCACAGCAAGGAUGGCAGGGAUUACAUCAUUGAGGUGAUGGACAGCUCGAUGCCCCUGAUUGGGGAGCAUGUGGAAGAGGACAAACAGCUGAUGGCCGACCUGGUGGUCUCCAGAAUGAGCCAACUCCUGGUGCCGGGGGGCACCAUGCCCUCGCCCCUGAGACCUUGGGCUCCUCAGAUGAAACCAGCAAAAUCCCCAGGACAAGCUCAGCUGGGGCCUCCGCUUGGACAGCCCCAGCCGCGCCCACCCACCCAAGGAGGGCCUCGCCAAGCUCAGUCUUCUCAGCCCCCAAGAUCUGGAAGCCCCUCCCAACAGAGACUCUCCCCGCAAGGCCAGCAGCCUCUGAGUCCCCAGUCUGGGUCUCCACAGCAGCAGAGGUCACCAGGCUCCCCACAGCUGUCCCGGGCUGGUAGCUGCUCACCAAACCAGGUCUCCAAACCAGGCCUGAGCGCUCAGCCCCGGCCCCCCGUGCAGGGCCGCAGCAGCUCCCAACAGGGCGAAGAGCCCAAGAAGUCAGCACCGCCCCACCCCCAUCUCAACAAAUCCCAGUCCCUGACGAACAGCCUCAGCACGUCGGACGCAUCCCAGCGAGGGGCCCCGAGCGAAGACGAGGCCAAGGCUGAAACCAUCCGAAACCUGAGGAAGUCCUUCGCCAGCCUCUUCUCUGACUAAGCCCAUGCAGGUCCCUCACCUGCCUCACCUGCUUCUCAGCCUUGGCUCCUGGCGGGAACAGAAUGGAGGGCCUGAGAACAUACUUUCUAAAUGCCUUUGAUCCAGGAACUGAUCCGCUCUGUGUUUUCUCAUUCUAACUUUCCCAGGACAUCCCAGCCUUGUCACACUGAGGAGUGGGCCUUUGAGAGUCUCUAGAUUCCUCCAGGUGGGACUUAAAGACAAGCCUCCCAGCCCUCUGCCCGCCAUGCUUGCCUCCUCUCUGGCUCCGUAACCAAGUGAGAUGUCCCUUUACGGCUAGUUUUCACAUGUCUUGUUCGUGUUUUGCUUGCCUUUUGAGCAAAGGCUCCUUCUAGGCCCGCCCCCCCAACCCACACCCCCAGCAAAUUCAGACACAAAGUUGGACCUCAGCAAUCUACGAGGCAAGACUCUUUGGGCAGUAUUUUGCAAACUAAAGGAGAAAAGUUCAGCCAAGGAAACCUACCAACCCCUCACCCCCAUAUGUUUGUUCCAUCCUGAGCUGCAGACCGUGCAGCCAAAGGUCCCUGCCCACCUGGCCUCCAGUGGGAACUGGAGGGCAGGAAGGAAAUCAGACCUUUGGUGACAAGGGGAGCCUUCUGGAUCCCAGGGGAAACCCUGCACCGCAGCUCCCAUCCAGAGUGUGGUCCCAACUUGGACAGCCGAGAGCCAACCACAGGGUCUUUAAGGGACUGUCACCAAUUCUCAGAGGAGCAAGAGAUCCUGAUCCCCAAGGAAGGAGUUCGGUGGGCUUCUCCACACAGUCUGUGUGGCACCACAGACUGGCCAUCCCGACUACCCAGCAGAAAUCUCUUCCUCCAAGACGUUUGAGGAAGCGGAGGGCAGCAGCCGCCCAACAGCUCUGGAACGGCCAGCAUCAGGACAGCCGCUGGGAGGCCGGCACUUCACAGGCUGUGUCCAGCGAGACAUGACUGGUUCUCCCCCGAAUAGACUGUGUCCACACGAAUAGUGCACACGUUCACAUAACAUGCUCAGCGCACACAGGGACGUGUGGGGAGCUUGCGUGGUUUGCAAAAGCAUAGAACGUACGUGUUAUUUGCGUGGACAACCCAACAACGUGGUAAGAGGUUCCUAUUUCAUGAAAGGUACAUGGUCAGCUAUGUCUAGGAAGCCCUGUCUCUAUUCAGUUUUCGUAGGUUCGUAGUACACACCCCGUGUCAAAAGCACUCGGAAUCUAUGCAGUCAAGAAACCAGGUUUAACUUCAUUCAACCCGCACUAAUUUGACUAAACCAGUUCACUGUAGAGCUGGGAGAAGUCAUGUUGACCCCCUCUCCAAUGCUCUUUCCUUCACCUGACGGCCAGGUAGACAGCCUACAUCAACAGAUGGGCUGGGGCUGGAGGAGGGUCUGAAGCCACAAGCACCUGGUGCUAGAAACCCUGUAGGUGCCAGGCCAGCCUCUGGGUUCCCAACAGGACCCAGGAGAUUAGAGAUAGCCAUGCUGUCUGCCGACAGCCUACUUUGAGACUUG